AUUAGCAAAAGUGCUUUUAAUAUGAUGUCGGAAAAAUGCAACUGAACCAAGUUCCGUGGCAAGGUUCACUAGUAACGUACAGCAAAAUCAUUUGAACAGUGAUUCAAAACUACUGAGGCACAAAACAAAGUACCAAGGCACAAUUCUGCUUUUUCCUCAGGCUUUCAAAGCAUCUCCCAGCAUGGACGGAGCUUUCGUGGGCACUUGGAGACCUCAUCGCCCACGGGGCCUCAUCUCGGCCCAGUUCACCAGCCCUGGACCCAAAUACUCAGUCCAGGGGACAACGGGUUACAUCAACCACAACCCCACCAAAGUCAAAGCCCCCGCGUACACCUGCAGAGGGGCAAAAGCUCCUGCGGAAGGCGGCUGCUCCCCAGGCCCUCGCUAUUACGUGGAGCCCUCCAUGACCAGGACUGGGAAGUACGUGGCUCCAGCCUACGCCAUCACUGGACUUCCCAGGAUAAAGACGGAGAUCACACCUGGACCCAGCGAUUACAGCCUGGAGAAGUCCAACCGACACAUCUUUAAGUGCCCGCCUGAGCCAUCCAUGGCCUUCCGGAACAGGGGAGUCAAAACCGACUUCACUCCAGGUCCCGGCACCUACACCUUGCCCAGGGUGCUGGGCCCCAACACGGCGCACACGCCUGCCAGCCCGUGCUACUCCAUGAAGAGCAGGAGUCAGCGGGGUCGCUACGAUGCUGAUCUCGCCAAGACCCCAGGCCCUGCGGCGCUCCCAAAGAUCCAGCUGGACGUUUUCAAAACCAGAGCUCCCGGGUACACCAUGGGAACCCGAACUCAGCUCCGAGAAAAGACGGUCAAACCGGGGCCGGCGGAUUACCGCACGGGAAGGGUGGAGCUGAUCAAGCCCCAGGCACCUGCAGCCACGUUUGGACUGCGCCAUUCCGUGUACACCACUCCCCUGAUCCUCGACGUUUGAGAUGUGUUGAAUAAAACAACGUGUUGCUCAGAGAGGUUUUCUCUUCACCUUGAGACAAGGGGAGGGGUUUCUGUGGGUGAGGAAGAGCUGCUUGCUCUGUUUAACCCUACAAGCAGCAAAAACCCUACAAGGUUCAGAAUGGAGAGCAGUCCGAAGUGGAAGCAACAGCUCUAACUGCACAUUUUCUCCUGAUUGCCCUAACACAACCAAACGAGGACCCUGAUUGCUCACUUCACCCUGGACGUGUCUUGUUCUUCCUCUGACACCUGCUGCACACCUGGCUGAGGACAGAUACAAUCCACACAGUGCGACUGGAGCUGAACGCUGCACCCCAAAACCAGCCGGGUCCUUCCCUGCACGCUCUCAGCAGAGAGCAGAGCAUCCUGGGGACAGCUCAGGAAAAAUAAUCACUAAUUCCUGUUUGAAAAGGCAAAAAGUAGUGAUACAGCAAGGAUUUCUCCUGGGUGAUACGGGAUAUUUUUUAUUGGUUUGCCAUGAUGUGCCUUGGAGGCUCAAUUACAUAGUUAUGACUUUGGACAGUAACACUUUGGUUUUGGUCACUAGUGCUAUGUCAUUGUAGGACGUUCUUUGACCAGAGACACGUUUCAGGUGUCAGACCAGGGCUGCCCAAAGCACUCUUGCUCUGAACCAGCUCGUACAAGCCUGCAUGUUUGCAAUCAUUAGAGCUUUAUCCUGGGAUACGCGAUGGGGGACACAGAGAAGUGUCUGCAGGGGAAA